CACGAACAGCUUUUUCACUAGACGGAACCAACACCUGCAAUGAGGCCAGCCGACUUUACUCCGUCGUCUGAAGAUUCCUUCACGGCCGAGAAGGGGAUGAAGGUCGUCUAUUUCGGCAACGAGCUGAAUCGUGAUAGUCUCCCGAAGCUCUCUCAGCGCUUGCACAGCUUGAGCAAAGACCGACGGCACCCGCAGUUGGCCCGGUUCAUCGAGGAAAGCACUUGGGCGGUUCGCGAUGAGAUUCGACAGCUGCGCCCCGGGCAGAAGGCCCCGAUCCCCCCGUUUGAGAGCGUUCUCCAUCUAGCGGAGCAGCCGGAGCUGUGCAAGGGCCCGCUCGGUGGGUCGAUCGAGGGCGUCCUGCUCUGUACAAUCCAGCUGGCAACGUUUAUUGGGUACUACGAAGCCGCGCCCGCCGAAUACAGCUUUGAAGCCGCCCAUACCUAUCUCACGGGCCUGGGACUGGGUCUGUUGGUGUCGAUGGCGGUGUCGCUCUCCCCUACGCUGGCAGAUCUCCCCGUGGCCGGGGCUGCAGUCGUCCGUAUCGCCUUCCGUCUGGGAAUGCUGGUUUCGGACGUCUCGCAAAACCUCCAACCCACGGACGUGACAGGGGAUCCAGACCCCUGGGCCUAUGUGAUACCCAAUGUCGCUCCCCAUGAAGUGAAUGAGGAGCUGCAAAUGAUUCAUCUGCGUGAAAACACCCCGGAGGCCAGUCGAGUCUUCGUCAGCGCGAUCAGUCGAACCUCAGUGACAGUCAGUGGGCCCCCGGCUCGACUCAAGCGCCUCUUCCGUAUGUCCGAUUUCUUUCGAGACCGCACCUUUAUCACACUGCCCGUGUAUGGAGGGCUGUGCCACGCAAAGCACAUCUACAGCUUGCAGCAUGCCCGAGCAGUGGUCCAGGUCCCGGCCCUGGCCGCUUUGAACCCAUGCUAUAUCUCGAGGUACCCCGUGCUCUCGACCAGUCGGGGGGAGCCCUAUCCUACCGCCGCCACGGCGACGGAGCUUUUCGAACACGUCAUUGCUGAAAUCCUGACCCAGCCCAUCGAGUGGGACAAUGUCAUCCGGGGGCUCGUGGAGCGCGCGAAGCUGGUCUCUCUACCCGAGGUCCAAGUGACGGUGAUCCGCAAUUCACUCCCGGUCCACGACCUCAUGGCAGCCUUGCGAACUGCCGACCUGGAGGGCGUUGAGGUGUCCUUGCAGGACCUGGAGCCGUGGGCGACGAAGAGGGUCGAUGAGGAGGAAUCCGCGCCACGGGGAUGCGCUCAAUCCAAAAUCGCCAUUGUCGGCAUGUCAUGUCGCAUGCCCGGCGGCGCGGUGGACUCGGAGAAAUUCUGGGAGCUCCUCGAGCAAGGGCUGGACGUCCAUCGGAAAAUCCCUCCGGACCGGUUCGACGUCGACAGCCAUUGCGAUCCUACUGGAAAACGGGUCAACACCAGCCACACUUCCUAUGGCUGUUUUAUCGAUGAGCCCGGCCUCUUCGAUGCCCCCUUCUUUAAUAUGUCGCCGCGGGAGGCUCAACAGACCGACCCCAUGCAGCGUCUCGCAAUUGUCACGGCCUAUGAAGCCCUCGAACGUGCCGGAUACGUGUCCAACCGGACCGCCUCGUCCAACAAGCACCGGAUGAGCACGUUCUACGGGCAAGCCAGUGAUGAUUACCGCGAGGUCAACUCGGCGCAGGAGAUCAGCACGUACUUCAUCCCUGGCGGCUGUCGGGCCUUUGGGCCGGGCCGCAUUAAUUACUUUUUCAAACUGUGGGGACCCAGCUUUAGCAUCGAUACCGCCUGCUCCUCCAGCUUGGCCACCAUUCAGGCAGCGUGUACCGCGCUCUGGAACGGUGACACCGACACCGUGGUGGCCGGAGGAAUGAACGUGCUGACCAAUUCGGACGCCUUUGCCGGCCUCAGUCAUGGUCACUUCCUGACCAAGACUCCCAAUGCUUGUAAGACAUGGGACUGCGAGGCUGAUGGGUAUUGCCGCGCGGAUGGAAUAGGCUCUAUUGUGAUGAAGCGUCUGGAGGACGCGGAAGCCGACAAUGAUAAUAUUCUCGGGGUUGUUCUUGGGGCUGCAACGAAUCAUUCGGCGGAAGCGGUCUCUAUCACCCAUCCCCACGCAGGCGCGCAGUCCUUCCUGAGCCGACAGGUCCUCCGCAGUGCGGGGAUUGAUCCGCUGGACGUCAGCUACGUCGAGAUGCACGGAACUGGGACGCAAGCUGGCGACGCGGAGGAGAUGAAGUCGGUCAGUGACGUCUUCGUCCCGCGCGCAAAGCGGCGGUCGCCCACGCAGCCGCUCUUCAUUGGGGCCGUCAAGGCCAAUGUUGGCCAUGGGGAGGCGGUGGCAGGGGUCACCGCAUUGUUAAAGGUGCUUCUGAUGUUCCAGAAAGAGGCUAUCCCGCCCCAUGUGGGCAUCAAGCACAGCAUCAACCCGGCAUUUCCCAAGGAUCUGGAGGAGCGCGGCUUGCGCAUUCCGUACGACAAGCAGCCCUGGCCCCGCAUCCCGGGCAAAAAGCGCAUCGCGAUGGUCAACAACUUCAGCGCGGCCGGGGGGAACUCCACGUUGGUCGUCGAGGAGGGCCCGCUUCGCCCCAAGCCGGCUGGGGUGACGGACCCUCGUGGCACCCACUUGGUGGCCGUCUCAGCCAAGAGCAAGGUCUCCCUACGCGGGAAUCUCGAGCGGCUCCUGGGCUUCGUGGAAGCUCACCAGGAGGACCUUGUCCUGGGCGACCUGGCCUACACGACCACGGCGCGUCGAUAUCACCACAAUCACCGCGUCGUAGUCCCGACGUCGGAUGUCGCGCACCUGCAGACGCAGCUGUCUGCCCACCUGGAAUCGGUCGACACCCUUCAGCCGGUCCCCGCCACCGGCCCACCCCCUAUUGCCUUUGCCUUUACUGGGCAGGGAGCGUCGUACCGUUCGUGCAACCUCCAGCUCUUCGCGGACUCCCCAUACUUCCGCUCCCAGAUCCUCCAUCUCGACGGCAUCGUCCGGGGACAAGGGUUUCCCUCUAUCGUCCCUGCCCUAGAUGGAUCCCACCCCCAGGACUAUGAGCACCCGCCUGUCGUCACGCAGCUGGCCUUAGUCUGUAUGGAGAUCGCCCUCGCCAAAUAUUGGGCCUCCUUAGGCGUUCAGCCGGACGUGGUGGUGGGACAUAGUCUCGGGGAGUAUGCGGCCCUCCACGUGGCGGGGGUUCUAUCUGCCAGCGACGCGAUCUUCCUGGUGGGAAGGCGUGCGUGCCUGCUGCAGGACAAAUGCCAGCGCGGGAGCCAUCAGAUGAUGGCGGUUCGCGCACCGCUGGCGCAGAUCGAGCGCAUCGCGGGCGCUCUGCCGUACGAGAUCGCCUGCCUGAACGGCCCCGAAGACACCGUCCUCAGCGGGACACGCGAGGAGAUAGCGGCGGUGGCCAAGCUGCUGGAGGCAGAGCGAUGCAAGUGCAUUGUCCUCGAGGUGGCUUUUGCCUUUCACUCCCCGCAGAUGGAUCCCAUCCUCGACGAGUUCGAGGCGCUCGCGGCCACUGGUGUGGUUUUCCACCCACCCAACGUCCCGGUAAUCUCGCCAUUGCUGGGCAAGGCGGUCUUCGAUGAGAAGACAAUCAACGGCGCCUACCUGCAGCGUGCCACGCGUGACUGCGUGAACUUCGUCGCCGCCCUGGAGACGGCGCAGCGCAUCGGCACCGUGGACGAGACCACCGUCUGGGUCGAAAUCGGCCCGCAUCCGGUCUGCGUUGGAUUUGUCCGAUCCUCCCUCCCAUCGAUUGGGGCCGCUGUGCCAUCGAUGCGCCGCGGGGAAGAUAACUGGAAAACGCUUACGAAUAGCCUCGGGGCGCUCCACUGCGCCGGGGUCGCGGUCGACUGGAAUGCCUUCCACCAGCCCUUCGAACGCGCCCUGCGGCUGUUGGAUCUCCCAACCUACAGCUGGAACAAUAAGAACUACUGGAUCCAGUACACCGGGCGGUGGGCGCUCACGAAGGGAAACACCUUCUACGAGGAGCCCGGCUCCGAGACCAGUGCCCCUGCAGCGGUACCCGCGAGCCUGAAGACGUCCACCGUCCAACAGGUCAUCGAGGAGCAUUUCGACGGCAAUGCAGGCUCAGUGGUCAUGCAGUCGGAUCUGAUGCAGCCAGACUUCCUGGCCGCAGCCCAUGGCCACAAAAUGAACGGACGAGGUGUGGUCACCUCGUCGAUUCACGCCGACAUCGCGUUCACCUUGGGGGAAUAUCUCUACCACAAGCUCAUCCCUGACGGCGAGCCGCACAUGAACAUCGCCAACCUGGAAGUCCUGCAGGGGCUGGUGGCGCAGGAGAACAACCAGGGGCCGCAGCUUAUCCGGGUAUCGGUGAGCACGGCGGACAUCCGGUCCGGCCAGGCGCAGCUGCAAUGGCAUAACGUCGUCCAGGGCCGGGUGGAGGAUCCCUUCGCGAGCGCCACCGUCUACUACGAAGCGGCAAGCGCCUGGCUGACCUCCUGGCGGCCGGUGACGCACUUCGUGGAGGGGCGGAUCCAGGCCCUCGACCAGCUGGCCGACGCGGGCGUCGCCAACCGCUUCACGCGGCGCAUGGCCUACGGGCUCUUCGCCAGCAGCCUGGUCGAUUACGCCGACAAGUACCGCGGCAUGCAGUCGGUCGUGCUCCAUGAGCUGGAAGCCUACGCCGAGGUCACCCUGACGUGCGAGAAAGGGGGCGUGUGGACGGUGCCUCCUUAUUUCAUCGACAGCGUCGCCCACCUGGCCGGCUUCAUCAUGAACGUCUCUGACGCGCAUGACACCCAGACUCAUUUCUCCGUCACGCCUGGAUGGGGCUCCAUGCGGUUCGCCGCCCCGCUCGUCGCCGGUGAGCGAUACCGCUCGUAUGUCAAGAUGAUUCCCACUCCUGAUGACCCCAAUAUCUUCCUCGGUGAUGUCUACGUCUUCCACAAGGGGACGAUUGUGGGUAUGGUCGGGGGGAUGAAGUUUCGACGCUAUCCACGUCUCCUGUUGAAUCGUUUCUUCUCCGCCCGCUCCUCCGACGCAACCGCAAAGGAUUCGCAUGCCCCGCCCAGCGCUCCAGCUCCGACCAGCGCUCCAGCUCCAGCGAGCGCCCCAGCUCCAUCCAAGGUAGCUCCGACCAACCCGGUCAAGGCACCUCCAGCUACGGACCGAGACGCCCAACCAGCGGAGGAUCUCAGCGCGAACAGUACCGCUGCCAAAGCGCUGGCCCUGGUGGCGGCGGAGGCCGGUCUUGCAAUUGGUGAUCUCAAGGACAGCGCCUCCUUCGCCAGCUUAGGUGUCGAUAGUCUGAUGAGUUUAGUGAUUUCGGAGAAGUUUCGGGAGACGCUGGGGGUGACCGUCUCCGGCAGCUUGUUCCUCGAGUACCCGACGGUGGGCGACUUGAAGAGCUGGCUACUGGAGUACUACAGCUGA